GUUGUCCUGCCUACAACAUGAUUCUAACUCGCAGGCUGACAGCGACUAUCCUGCUCUUAAUGCUAUUCACGCUUGUUCGUAUGACAGAUUUGAGUUACAUCUUGCACUGUGUUAAUGACUACGUGUCCAUCAUUAACUGCACCCUGAAAGGCAACCUGUCUGCAGAUCUCAUCCCUGAAAAGCUCAAAUUAAGAGAAUCAGAUGUGGAGAGUGAGCCUACUCUGUGUCCGCUGAACUGGCAGAUGGACCAUUUCUUCUGUACUGUUAAAGUACCCUUUGUUUUUGUGGAUACUGAUGUCUACAGUAUCUUCUUUUGUUACCAUAAUGAGGCAGAGAGCUGUAAGCUACUAGAUGACAAGUUUAUCCCUUUUGAAACCAUUAAACCAAUGCCACCAUGUAACUUUACCAUGAGUCUAAACUCCAGUCGGUACAGCUUCUCUUGGAAAAGCCAGUAUGAGGAACACGAUUUUACGGAACUUGACCAAAAAUUGAGAUAUCAGCUACGUUUCUACAAAAAAGGACAAGAGUUCAAUGGGAGCCUACGUGAUGUUGUUACGUAUGAAAAAACUUUUACUGUUCGAGAUGGUAUUUUAUUGCCUGACACGGAGUAUGCUGCCAAGGUCCGGUCUGAACCCAACCAGGCUCAUUACAAAGGACAAUGGAGUGACUGGUCCACAGAGAUCUACUGGAAGACUGCAGAGGAAAAUAAUCCACUCGCCAUAUACUUGGAAAGAGUGCUCAUCCUUGUGUGCAUGUUGGUGCCAUUUUUCCUUAUUUUAUGUUUCAUUCCUGUUAAGAUGUGGAGAGUGAAAACUUUCAUUCCAACUCCAGAGUCUUAUUUUCACACUCUUUACACUGACUGCAAUGGGGAUUUUAAGAGUUGGGUAGUGAUGGAGAAAACUAUGGAGCUGCCAAAGACAGAAAAAACUGUUCACAUUGACAAAAUGUUCGAGUAUGAGGAUAUUUGUGAGGCUUCCCCCAGAGUGACUCAAAGUGCAUAUGCCAACGUGAGUGAGCCUGAUGGUGCUUUACUGGAGCCGGGUCUUCCUUAUGCAGUGAGUACAUCGGAGCUGGACUCUGCUACAGCCAGCUGUACCAGUGCUUACCUCAGCCCACAGUCCAGAAGUCCUGCAGAGAGGGACUCUGGCUGCUGGCUCAGCAGUGCCCACUCUUUGGAGAGGGGCCCCUCCUGGUACUGCAACGACUACUGCACCCUCAGUACCUUCCAGCAGUCUGCACUGGGUGCAAGUGAGCCACUAAAAUGCAUGAUCAUGGGAUUUGACGAAACAGAAGAAAUUGAUAUUCUUUACUGAAAUAUGAACUGAACUGAG